AUGGGUCAGAAAUCCAAGGAUACGCUGGCUGUUCGACCUCAGAGCCGCGGUCGCCGCUCUCCGAGUCGUUCGCCCAAGCCAAAAAACCGCAAGCCUGUUCAGACACAGCCCUCCAGCUAUGCGUCAGACGGCGUCAAGGAAUAUGAUAUCCUCAACCUCCCCGCUUCCGACUACAAGCUGCUGGUACUGGUAACGCUGAUUGGCGCCGCCGUGCGUCUAUUUCGCAUUUAUGCACCUGCCAGCGUUGUCUUCGACGAGGUUCACUUCGGUGGCUUCGCUUCCAAAUACAUUAAGGGUCGCUUCUUUAUGGAUGUCCAUCCCCCGCUUGCUAAGCUCCUGAUCACGCUGGCUGGCUGGCUGGCUGGCUUCGAUGGAGAGUUUGAUUUCAAGGACAUUGGCAAGGACUAUCUGGAGCCUGGUGUGCCAUAUGUAGCAAUGCGUUUGCUGCCGGCCAUUCUGGGUGUCUUGACCGUCUCCCUGAUGUUCCUUACCCUCAAGGCUACCGGCUGCCGGUCUGUGACUGCGGUGUUGGGUGCUGGCAUUGUCAUCUUCGACAAUGCGCUCACUACCCAAUCGCGAUUGAUUCUCCUGGACUCUCCUCUGAUUUUCUUCACUGCUUUGACGGCGCUUACGUUCAACUGCUUCACCAACCAACAAGAAAUGGGACCGUCCCAUGCCUUCAAGGGCCCCUGGUGGUUUUGGUUGGUCGCCACGGGCUUUUCGCUGGGCGCUACACUCAGUGUCAAGUGGGUUGGUCUCUUCACUAUGGCCUGGGUGGGCUCUCUCACUGCCCUCCAACUCUGGGUUUUGCUCGGUGAUACCCGCACGGUGACCCCGCGACUGUGGUUCAAGCACUUGUUCGCUCGUAUCUUCUGCCUGAUUGUUAUUCCUCUUGGAUUCUACCUUGCCAUGUUCGCUAUCCACUUCAUCUGCCUGGUUAACCCCGGUGAGGGUGAUGGUUUCAUGUCCUCCGAGUUCCAGUCAACAUUGAACUCCAAGGGUAUGCAUGACGUCCCGGCCGAUGUUUCCUUUGGCUCGCGUAUCAGCCUGCGUCACCACAACACCCAAGGUGGCUACCUGCACUCGCACAACCACAUGUAUCCCACCGGUAGUAAGCAGCAGCAGGUCACUCUGUACCCCCACAAGGAUGAGAACAACGUCUUCAUUAUGGAGAACCAGACACAGCCUCUGGGUCCCUAUGGAGAGAUCGAGGGCCCGUAUGCUUGGGACAACCAAACCGCCGGCUUGAUCCAAGAUGGAUCGGUUAUCCGACUCUACCACGAGCUUACCCACCGCCGUAUUCACUCGCACGACGAGCGUCCUCCAGUGACCGAGGCUGACUGGCAGUUCGAGAUCUCGGCUUAUGGUUACGAAGGAUUCCCCGGUGACGCGAACGAUCUGUUCAAGGUCGAGAUUAUUAAGAGCAUGUCUGAGGGCGAGGCGGCCAAGACUCGCCUUCGCACCAUUCAGACCAAGUUCAAGCUUGUGCACGUCAUGACUGGUUGCGUUCUGUUCUCUCACAAAGUCAAGCUUCCGGAUUGGGGAUACGAGCAACAGGAAGUCACCUGCGCUCGCGGCGGUACUCUACCCAACAGCGUCUGGAUUGUCGAGUCCAAUGCCCAUCCCAUGAUGCCUGCGGAUGCCGAGAAGGUCAACUACCGUAACCCCGGUUUCCUGGGUAAGUUCUGGGAGCUGCAGAAGGUGAUGUGGACCACGAACGCCAACUUGGUCGAAUCGCACAACUGGGAUUCUCGUCCUCCAUCUUGGCCCACUCUCCUCCGUGGUAUCAACUUCUGGGGCAAGGACCACCGCCACAUCUACCUUAUUGGUAACCCCCUCAUUUGGUGGUCGACUACCGCUGCCAUUGGCAUCUACUUCGUUGUGAAGGCCAUCUCAAUCCUGCGCUGGCAGAGAAGCUGUGGUGACUACAACCACGUUUCUUUCAAGCGUUUCGACUACGAGGUUGGCACCACCGUGCUGGGAUGGUUCUUCCACUACUUCCCAUUUUACCUUAUGGCCCGUCAACUCUUUCUGCACCACUAUCUCCCCGCCCUCUACUUCGCCAUUAUGGUCUUCUGCCAAGAGUUUGACUUUGUCUUCAACCGAAUCAAGAGCCUGGGUUUCACCUCUAAGCCUAUCAUUGGAAAGGCUGUGAUGGCUGCCUUCCUUGGUCUCAGCGUUGCUGUCUUCACUUUCUACGCCCCCCCUGGUUUACGGAAACCCCUGGACCCAUUGAGUCAAUAUAUCACGAACAUGGCCCCCGUGGACGCAAUCCCAACCACCCCCGCCGUCCAGGCCGCUGCACCACCCGCCAAUAAGGCCCAGGGCCCCGUCGACGCCGCCCAGGACGAAGACCAAGCCGCCGUGACCGAGCCCAAGCUAUCCGGCUCCAUGGCCCGCGUCGAGUACCGCGAUCAAAACGGUAACAUCCUAGACGAAUCCCUCGUCUCCUCGCUCCGCGCCGAGGGCAAGGUCAAAUUCGAGACCCGCUAUGAAUCCAAGCGUCUCGAGAACGCGCAGGAGAUCCCCAUCGUGGACGGUCAACUUGCACCCCCACACCCUGACGUCGAGGGCCAGAACCCCCAGACCGGCUCGAAUGCGGAAGACUCGAUUGCUCCUGAGAGCCCUGCCUCCGUCGCCGGUGGUAAUGAGCGCUCGGCCGAGAAGCCUAAUGAGCCUAUCCCCAGCCCUGCUAGCGAGGGCAAUGAAGCUACUAAAUAA